GUGUCGAAAACGAAACUGGUCUAGUGUGUUGAUUUGAGAAGGAUGUCAAAGAAAACGAAAAUUAUUUAUUGAACGGACGAAAUUUCCUGGGGAAUUACUGUAUCAAAUCCUCCCAGCCGAGGCAGAACAACUAAACGGUUAGCAGUUCAUGCCGCAGGAUUGGAGAGGUGACAUGUUUUUGCUGGAAAUGUUGCUCUGUCAUACCAUGCAGAUGGGACGGACUCUACCUGACUCGAUGAAGGAAGUUCCAGCACCCAAUGCAGAAGAAACUGUUUCUGGACACCACUGGAUAGCCAUGAAACAAAUCAGGGAAACAAAGCAUUUGACUUAGGCAGAGCAACAAUCAGACAGUCUGUAGCAUUGGCUGCUCUGCAAGACUGAAGCUGCUGUCACAAUGGCGCACUUUGACACGGAGUACCAGCGCCUGGAAGCGUCCUACAGCGACUCUCCCCCUGGAGAGGAGAACCUGCUGAUGCACGUGCCGGAAGGAGCCAAAUCUCAGUGGCACCACAUAGAAAAUCUGGACUUGUUUUUCCAGAGAGUCUAUAAUCUGCACCAGAAGAAUGGGUUCACCUGCAUGCUGCUGGGAGAGCUCUUUGAGCUGGUUCAGUUGCUGUUUGUGGUUGGCUUCACGGUAUUCCUUGCCAACUGUGUUGAUUAUGACGUCCUGUUUGCCAACAAGUUAGUAAAUCACACUGAUUCAUCUAAAGUCACCCUGCCUGAUGCAUUCCUCCCAAUGGAUGUCUGCAGUGCCCGUAUCCGAGACAAUGCAUUUGUGAUAUUUGUGCUGCUGAUCUCUGGGGUGUUUUGGCUGCAUCGGUUGAUUAAAUUUAUCUACAAUGUUUGCUGUUACUGGGAGAUACGAUCUUUCUAUAUCCACGCCCUCAAGAUGACCAUGUCUGAGCUUCCCUACGCAACAUGGCAGGAAGUUCAGGCGAGGAUAAUCGAGAUCCAGAAGGAGCACCAGAUCUGCAUUCACAAAAAAGAGCUGACAGAGCUUGACAUUUACCACAGAAUCCUCCGCUUUAAAAACUACAUGGUUGCCAUGGUGAACAAAUCACUCCUUCCUGUGAGAUUUCGGCCCACCAUGCUUGGGGAACUUGUGUUUUACACCCGGGGUCUCAAAUACAACUUUGAGCUCAUCUUCUUUUGGGGACCAGGUUCUCUAUUUGAGAAUGAGUGGAAACUAAAACCUGAGUAUAAGAGAGGAGGUAACAGGCUUGAGCUUGCAGACAGGCUGGCAUCCCGUAUCCUGUGGAUUGGCAUUGCCAACCUACUCUUGUGUCCAGUUAUUUUGGUUUGGCAAAUUCUUUAUGCCUUCUUCAGUUACACGGAGGUGAUCAAGCGAGAACCUGGUUCUCUGGGGGCGAGAUGUUGGUCUCUCUAUGGCCGAUGCUACCUGCGUCACUUUAAUGAGCUGGACCACGAGCUCAUGUCACGUCUCAGCAAAGGCUACAAGGCUGCAUCCAAGUAUAUGAACUGUUUCCUUUCACCGCUGCUGACAGUGGUCGCCAAAAAUGUAGCGUUUUUUGCUGGGUCUCUUCUGGCCGUUCUCAUCGCUUUGACAAUCUAUGACGAAGAUGUUCUUGCAGUGGAACAUGUUCUUUCAUCAAUCACACUGCUCGGAGUGUGUAUCACUAUCUGCAGAUCAUUUAUCCCUGAUAAGCACAUGGUGUUCUGUCCCGAGCAGCUGUUGAGGGUCAUCCUGGCACAUAUCCACUACAUGCCUGACCAUUGGCAGGGCAAUGCUCAUAGAUAUGAGACCCGCGACCAGUUCUCGCAGCUCUUCCAAUACAAAGCAGUGUUCAUUCUUGAAGAACUUCUAAGUCCAGUGGUGACUCCCAUCAUCCUCAUCUUCUGCCUGAGGAGGAAGUCUCUAGAGAUAAUUGAUUUCUUUAGGAACUUCACUGUGGAGGUUAUCGGAGUCGGGGAUACCUGCUCUUUUGCCCAAAUGGACAUUAGGCAGCAUGGACAUCCUGCGUGGAUGUCAGCGGGGAAGACGGAGGCAUCCAUCUACCAACAGGCAGAGGAUGGGAAGACAGAGUUAUCGCUGAUGCACUUUGCCAUCACCAACCCCCACUGGCAGCCUCCUCGAGAGACCACACACUUCAUCAGCCAGUUGAAAGACAGAGUUCACAGAGAAGCCGCAGGAGCUACUUCUGAAACACAUCCGCUCUCCUUAUCAGAGUCUGAACCAAGAAGCCUCGUUGCAAACCUCUUGGGAGGUCCCUCCACGCUAGCCUCCGUUCAUUUCGGCCGUGACAGCUCCUUGAUGAAUCACGCAGCAGCUGGCAUAAGUGAUGGAGCGUCUGCCUUGCGCUCCCUUUCCCCAAUAAGCAGCAGUCUUCAUCUGAGAGCUAGUUUGAGCGCCGCUCAUAGAGUUGGCAGUCUCACUGGCAAAACAAUGGCAGGAUCUGGAACUGAUGCCCGAACUGUGAGCUCAGGUAGCAGUGCGUGGGAGGGUCAGCUCACCAGUCUGGUCCUGUCAGAGUACGCCUCCACUGAAAUGAGCAUCCAUGCUCUGUACAUGCAUGAGCUCCAUAAACAGCAGUCUCGUGGGGAGUUGUCCCGUCACACGUGGCACAGACAGGAGAGUGAUGAAAGCAGUGACAGCAUCCCAGAUGAAGUCAGGAGCGAACCCAACCCUCACACUAGAAAUUUCCCACGCUCACACACUUUCCCUACAGUAGUUUCCAGUCCUGGUUCCAUUCCCACCUCAGCCUCAGCCACCAGUGGUUUCACCCAGGGCCAGGAAGGGCCGAAGUCACAGAGCAGCAGUCAGCGCCGGCACAGUGGACCUGCCCCAGAUCAUUUUGGCGCAGGGGGAAAGGUGGUAAGGUCACUCCGUGUACCCAUGGGUGGAUGGGCAGAGGACAACCAAACAGCUCCAAGACACCAUGGAACUCUGCCAGAGGAGAGUUCAGAAGAUGAAAUGCCUCCUCACAUACACAAGGUUACAUAAUCAGGCCAUGAAGUAUCUGCAGCCUACCCUUCACACUUACCCAAACACCAAACCUUUUCCAUGGGCUCAUCUCUUCAUCACAGAGAUCGAGGUGGAAAUGUGCAAGUGGGGGAUUUACCAAAAUCCCCUCAGACAGUGAAAUAAUAUCAAAGUUUUAGGUUAAAUGCAAUUAUCUUACUGUAAUUCCACAAUUACUAUAACAAAUUUUCUGUGUGGAUAAAUAGGCAAGCAGACUACUCAUCUGCCCAUCAGAAGAGCACUUACAAGUUCUAUCUUAUAGUCACUGACAUCAUCAGACUACACUAAACAUUUUUAUAUUGCCUAAAGAUUACAAGAGUUGAUAUGGUGUUGCAACAAAAAGAAAAACUCUGAGCAUUCAGCAUUGCAGGAUGCGUUCUUGAUAUGUUGUUCCCAACAAUUUGCAUUAAGUCAUCAGAAUAAUCCAGAGUAAUUUUUCCAGCUUGCUCUCACUUUUAAAGGGAUAAAAGAAUGUUUUAUGUCUCGUUGUUUAGAGGGAUGCUGGCGAUACAGACUUUCAUUGUGUAUAUCCAGUCUUGUGCUGAAUACCAGAGGCUGUGUAUUAUCAUUUGUGCUCUAUAUUUCGGCUUGCCUUUGCCUCUUUGCAAAACAUAUGAGGGCCUCAAGUGACGUAAAGUAUAUUGAUAGUUUUUAAUUAUAUAUUUUUAAUUCUGGAUUUAUUGCUAUACAAGUGACUUUUCUAAAAUAUUGUGAAACCUCCACCCUAAAUCAGACUCAAUUUGCACAGAUAGAUUUUUGUUUAAAAACUUUUACAGACAAGUGGCAAUCUGCACAAACAUGCACUGUGUAGGCAAUUUAUUAUCAGGUUCUUCUAGAGCAACAAAACACAAUAAAGUCAACAAUCUGUGAAGAUUUUAAACCGAUCACCCAACCUUUGCUUGUUUGCCACUCAUCCAUUUUGAAUUGACUUGCUAAAGGGUUUGGUUAACAAAUGAGCUUUUUAAAGCAUGUCGGGUUUAUCAACAAGAAGUGCAUGAAUAUAACCUCAUCACUGUUAAGAGUUUGAACGCAUCCAUGUUCAUACUUGCAGCAUGGCUGUUCUCUGUUUCUUUGUCAAAGCCAAUUCUGUAAAUGAAGAAGUAUGCACUUUAAGAAUUUAUUCAUGCAGAAGGUUUUACUUGAUUUGGAUUGGUUGUAUAUUUUCAUAUACAUGACAUUUGUUAAGUUCUCAAGUAUGUGAUUAAUGUGCACUUAUAUUGGGAUAAAGAAACACUGUCGUCCUAUUGAAAGGACUUGAAUAUCGAGGAUGCAGUGAUUCAGUCGGGGUCAUUUAAGUGAUUACUGUUGAUUUUUGUUUUAUAAAUCCUGUAUAAUACCCUUUUGUACAGUUGUAAAUUCACCUAUUAAAGACAAUGCAAUUA